AUGUCUACCUGGUUUGACACUAUCAAGCGUUCCUUCGCUGACGUCCCAAUUGACGCUUCCAACGACAACGGUGUCUCGACCGAGGAGUUUCUCGAGGCAGCGGAAUCUUUGACCUCCCUGUUCGAUCUCCUCGGCUCUGUGGCUUUCACUCCCGUGAAGAACGAUCUUCUCGGUAACAUCAAGAAAGUCCGCGAUAGGAAGCAGGCUGCCCCUGCAGACUCCCAGACUCUCCAGGCUCUCGUUCUCAAUGAAUUGAAGACCAAGAAGCACACUGCUACUGAGGGGUUGGUCUGGCUUGUCAGAGGUCUCGAUUUCACCGCCCAAGCCCUCCGCCACAACCUCGAUCAGUCCAGCUGCGAGCUGUCCGACUCGUUCCGCGACGCCUAUGGCAAGACCUUGAAACCUUACCACUCUUUUGUGAUUAAGCCCAUUUUCUCCGCUGCUAUGUCGGCUACCCCAUACAGGCAAGACUUCUAUUCCAAGCUGGGCCAGGACCAGUCUGCCGUCCUGACCAGGCUGGGACGUGAAGUGGCCUCUUUAGAGGAGAGGGUUGCCAUCUUGAAGGCUUUCCAGGACCGCAAGGAGGCGAAGUGGUAA